UGUUUUACCAUCAAAAUGGUCAAAAACGCAUCGAACACAAACGAUGUCGACAACUUGAAACAAGAACUGGACAUUGACGAUCACAUAAUUCCAAUCGCUGAUCUUUACAUACGACACAAUGUCAAUCCGGAGACUGGUUUGUCGUCACAACAAGCCAAGGCCAACUUGGAACGCGACGGGCCCAAUUGCCUUACUCCCCCCAAAACUACACCCGAAUGGGUUAAGUUUUGCAAACAGCUUUUCGGUGGUUUCUCAUUGCUCUUGUUGUCGGGUGCUAUUCUCUGCUUUAUCGCGUAUGCAAUCGAAUACAGCAAAAAUCCCGAAGUUCUCGGUGACAAUCUGUACCUCGGUAUCGUCUUAGCGACGGUGGUAAUCAUCACUGCCUGCUUCUCUUAUUACCAAGAAAGCAAAAGUUCAAGAAUUAUGGAAUCCUUCAAAAAAUUGGUUCCGGAAACUGCACUCGUCAUCCGAGAUGGCCAGAAGCAAACAGUGAAAGCGGAGGAAGUUUGCCGCGGCGAUAUCGUCGAAGUGAAAUUCGGUGACCGAAUUCCGGCCGAUAUUCGAAUUAUCGAAGCCCGCCAGUUCAAGGUGGACAACUCGUCUCUGACUGGUGAAUCCGAACCUCAAAGCCGCUCUCCGGAGUUCACCCAUGAGAAUCCGCUCGAGACCAAGAACUUGGCUUUCUUCUCCACCAACGCCGUCGAAGGUACUGCCAAAGGUAUUAUUAUCGGCAUCGGUGACAAUACAGCGAUGGGUCGUAUUGCUGGAUUGGCCUCUGGCUUAAGCUCUGGACAAACUCCAAUCGCCAAAGAGCUAGAGCAUUUCAUUCACAUCAUUACGGGUGUGGCCGUCUUUUUGGGAAUCUCUUUUUUUAUCAUUGCGCUCACGAUUGGCUACAAUUGGCUAGACGCCGUCAUCUUUUUGAUCGGUAUUAUCGUAGCCAACGUGCCCGAAGGUCUCCUUGCCACUGUCACUGUCUCAUUGACACUCACCGCCAAGCGCAUGGCCAGCAAGAACUGUUUGGUCAAGAACUUGGAGGCUGUCGAAACGCUCGGCUCGACGUCCACCAUCUGCUCCGACAAGACUGGAACACUGACACAGAACCGAAUGACUGUCGCUCACAUGUGGUUUGACGGGCAAAUCAUCGAGGCCGACACGACUGAAGACCAGUCUGGUGCCCAAUAUGACAAAACAAGCUCCGGAUGGAAAGCUCUAUGUCGUGUCGCUUGCUUGUGCAGUCGUGCUGAAUUCAAAAUGGGUCAAGAAAACAUGCCUGUUUUGAAACGUGAAGUCAAUGGUGACGCUUCAGAAGCCGCCUUGCUUAAAUGCGUCGAAUUGGCUACGGGAGACGCCAUAAGCGUUCGCGGCCGAAACAAGAAAGUCUGUGAAAUUCCGUUCAAUUCGUCCAACAAAUAUCAAGUGUCCAUCCAUGAAAAUGAAGAUGAAAACGAUGGCCGUUAUUUUAUGGCCAUGAAAGGAGCCCCAGAGCGUAUCCUCGAUCUGUGCUCGACCAUUUACAUCAAUGGACAAGAGAAAGUGUUGGACAAUGAGUUGAAAGAUGCUUUUAACACGGCUUACAUGCAAUUGGGAGGUCUUGGCGAGCGAGUCCUCGGCUUCUGCGAUUUCCAUCUACCACUGGAUCAAUUCCCGAAAGGCUACAAAUUCGAUGCCGAUGAGGUCAAUUUCCCAAUCAGCGGAAUGCGAUUCGUUGGACUCAUGUCCAUGAUUGAUCCUCCACGUGCUGCUGUCCCCGAUGCCGUAGCCAAAUGCCGUUCGGCUGGUAUUAAAGUUAUCAUGGUUACUGGUGAUCACCCCAUCACCGCCAAAGCCAUCGCCCGUUCUGUUGGCAUCAUCUCGGAUCAGAGCGAAACUGUCGAGGAUAUUGCGAAACGUUUGAACAUUCCAGUCGCUGAAGUGAACCCGAGAGACGCCAAAGCAGCCGUCAUUCACGGUGGUGACUUGCGUAACAUGACUCCUGCCCAACUCGAUGAUAUCCUUUAUUAUCACACGGAGAUCGUCUUUGCCCGUACGUCCCCUCAACAGAAAUUGAUUAUCGUUGAAGGCUGCCAACGUGGAGGAGCCAUCGUAGCCGUUACCGGUGAUGGCGUCAAUGAUUCACCUGCCCUGAAAAAAGCCGAUAUCGGUAUCGCCAUGGGUAUCGCUGGAUCUGACGUUUCCAAACAGGCAGCCGACAUGAUUUUGUUGGACGACAAUUUUGCAUCGAUCGUUACGGGUGUCGAAGAAGGCCGUCUGAUUUUUGACAAUUUGAAAAAAUCAAUCGCUUACACGUUGACAUCUAACAUUCCUGAAAUCAUGCCAUUCCUUAUGUACAUCGUCCUCGACAUCCCUCUGCCUCUUGGCACUAUCACCAUCUUGUGUAUCGAUUUGGGUACCGACAUGGUGCCAGCCAUUUCACUUGCCUAUGAAGGACCCGAAUCGGACAUCAUGACCCUCCGUCCUCGCAAUCCUUUGACAGAUAAACUCGUGAACGAUAGAAUGAUUUCAAAGUCUUACGGCCAAAUUGGUAUGAUGGAAGCGUCGGCCGGAUUCUUCACCUAUCUUGUCAUUAUGUCUGAAAACGGAUUCAAGCCCGACCUUCUUUUGGGCCUCCGUAAACAAUGGGACUCCCGUCACAUUAACGAUCUUGAAGAUUCUUACGGCCAGGAAUGGACUUACGAUGCCCGUAAACAACUCGAGUACACCUGCCACACUGCCUUCUUCGUGACGGUCGUUAUGGUGCAAUGGGUCAAUUUGCUCAUGUGCAAAACCAGACGUAACUCUUUGUUCCAACAAGGCAUGCACAAUCACGUUCUUACGUUCGGCCUAUUUUUCGAGACGGCCAUUGCUUGCUUCCUCUGCUACACGCCCGGCAUGGACAAGGGCCUUCGAAUGUACCCGCUCAAGAUCAAUUGGUGGGGACCUGCUCUUCCGUUCGCUCUUCUCAUUUUCGUGUACGACGAAAUUCGUAAAUUAAUUCUCCGUAAAAAUCCAGGUGGCUGGGUUGAACGAGAGACCUACUAUUAGCGAUCAAACCACAUAUAUAUAUCUAAAUGCACAGUGCCUAUAUUUAAUACCUGUGCAAGAAGACUCUUGCUCAAAUCUUUGUUUGGUUGGGAAAAUUGUUUUUCAGUUCACUGUUAUAAACGUAUUGCCACGCAUUUAAAAGCGGAAUCGUCUUCAAAGCCAUACGUUAUUUUAGUUGAUUUGACUAUAGGCUCGCCAUUAUCGCGCAUUCAGCGUUCACACACUCAACAGGCGAUAUAGGUUGCGUAGGAAGUAUUGGCGGCAACAGCUCUCAUGAGCCAUCUAAUUAAUGAAUAAAUUUGUUAAUUAAACUUUACAUCGUUGGACAAUUAACACACCAAGUAAUGUUACCAUUUUGUUUCUGAAGAUUGGCCUUAAGUGUCACACCAAUUAAAUGUACAAUUGUACUUGGGCUUUAUCCAAGAUCCUUUCCGUCAUUCUAGCGAUCUUAGUAUGUUUCUAGCCAAGUGUAACUCCCCAUAGAAGACCAAUAAAACAUGCAAUGCUUGGAACAUUCAA